UAACCUUUUACAAUAGGAUUUCCUUCGGAAAUGUCAACACUUUUUUUGAGAACGGCUUCAUUUGCCAGUUGUGGUUCCAUAAUCUAAGCUCUAGAGUCUAGGAGUAUAUGUACAACCGCCAAUCACUGAAAUAUCUAAACAGAUAACCAAAAUAUUCAAAAUUAUAUUAUAAUAUAAUCCCUACACGACACUAGACCAAAAUAAAUUGUAUAGUUCGUAUAUUUUGUAAUUACACUUCUUUUCUAAUGUCUAAUGUAACCUCGGCGCCGAGUCGGCGAUAAACAUAGAAUUUUUAAACCGUGUUAUAUCUAUGUUUGAAGUGUGUAAUCACUAAUCAUAUAGAUUAUAUGACAAAAUAAUUAAUAUCUUUUUGUCACGUGGAAACCGUUGAAAUCGAACAGUACUCAUCCAAGAAUUAUCAAAUAUUAUCAAACUGUUAACUGAUAUAAAUAUUUAAAAUAAAUUAGAUAAUAAUAUAUAAAUUAUAUUUUUGGAUAGAUAGCAGUUUUAACAAAUUAUCAAUUUAAUUUUAUCAAUCUAAAAUAGUUGCGUCCACAGACGAUAGCAUAGAUUAAGAAGAAACGGACGAUAGACAUUAGACAUCAGUCCAUCAGAAUAUCAGCCAAUUAGUAUCUAUAUUCUAUGUAUUAGACUACAAUCAUUGAUUAUUAUUGACGAUGUGUCAAUUCGAUUCAAAUAUUUCAAUUUAGAUAGUCGGUAAAAAUUCAUAUGUUCAAGUUUGAAUAAUUCCUCAACCAGGUAAUUUCUAAAGUGCAACAAUUUAAAUGAUACGUGUAAGUUUAAAAUUCUAGUUGUUUUACAAUAAUAAGUGCCAUGUGUUUUGAAUCUUUAUAUUACGAAUGACCUAACAAAAUAAUAAUUAUUUUUAGUUGGUAGUUUAGUAGGUAUAAUGCUUUCAAAUGAAUUUGAAAGUCUUUACUACACAUGGUAAAAUUAUUGUAUAGAAACAAUAUAUAUUUUUAUUUUCUUUCAUGUAUAUUUAUUUUUUAUUUUACAUUAUUUAUUAUAGUACAGUCUAUAAAAAAAUAUGUUGUUGGUUUUUAUAGUCAGCUGUCUGAAAAAUCUAUCAUCCCGCCACUCAGGUUUUUUCAAUACCUAGCUCAGUUUUUCAGAAUGAUACUAAAGUAUAAGAUUUUUUGAAUCUUGAAUCCUUAACCCAAUAUAUAUAUUCAUAUGGUCAAUUAUGAACUUUAUGUCUUUUUCUUAACGACAUUCUCUUCUGUGACGAUACCAACACAACCCUUUUAAACAAAUUUCAUAGAGAUUUUCACAAGUAUGAAUUGUUUGAAUAAUAUUUUUGGAUUGUAAAAAUUGAAUACUUGCAUUUUCAUCUGGUAUUACGGUAUAAACAUUUUGAAAAUUAAUUUUUAAAUAACAAGAUACAAACAAUGAUGGAUGAAAAUAACUGCAAAAUUUCAUUUCACAUUUAUCAGUUCAUUUUUUGGAUCAUUUUUAUCAAUGAAAUUGCAUGAUAAAACUGAAUUGUACUGGUAUAGUAUGUUCUUUCCUGUGAUUUAUGAGUAAUUAAUAGCUUAUUUGAUACUAUAAUCUAUUAUACUAUUAUUAUAAAUCAAUAAUGGUGGUGAAGUUCCAAUAAACCUGAGUCACAAGGCGAUAUAUUUUUCAGAUGGUCAGGUAGGAUGAUAUCAAACCAGUACCAAAAAUAUAUGUCAUGAAGAUAAUUUUUGGAGAAAUUACCUAUUGGUACAACUCUGUGACUUGAGAAUAAAAUAAUUUAUGUUGUAAAAAUAUUAGGAUAGGUACAUUAUUAUUUUUCAUUUAGUUUUCAAUUUAAAAUAUAUACAAUUUUGUUUCAGGUUAUGGAAAUAUUGUAUUAAUAAUAUAAUUUUCUUACAUGAUGAGUGAUAACAAUGGACCUAGUUGUAGUAACUCAAAUUCUAUACCAAGUUGUAGCAAAACAGAUUCAAUUCAGAGUUGUAACCCAGGUCCAUCAAACGAAGAUGAAGAACUAACUUUACCACGUGCAUCAGUAAACAAAAUGAUAAAAGAUGCUUUACCAAAUAUACGUGUUGCUAAUGAUGUACGUGAAAUGAUAAUGAAUUGCUGCACAGAAUUUAUACAUUUAGUAUCGUCUGAAGCUAAUCAAGUAUGCAUGGCUCAACAAAAAAAAACUAUAAACGCUGAACAUCUUUUAACUGGUAUGUUAUAAAAACAAGUCCUUAUAUAUUUUAUUCUUCUCCUUCACAUUCAUCUCAACUAUUUAAAGUCGUCCACCCUCAUUUUAAACUUUUACUUAACCCAAUCUCCCACUCUACAUACAUUUUUUAUUGCUUCAGAUUUCUCUUUCCUCGUAAACAUGUCCAACCCAUCUCACUAAAUUUUCUCUCAUUUUAUUUUCCAUCAAAGUCACUACUAAACUAUCUCUUAUGUACUCAUUUCUUGUUCUAUCUUCUCGUCAUUCCACUCAACUCUACCAAUCAACAUUUCAAAGUCCUUAUAUAUUUUAUUGCUUGAAAAAAUAUUUUAGCUCUAGACCACUUGGGAUUUGGUGAUUAUCGAACACAAGCAGAAGAAGUUGUUAAAGACUGUAAGUCUAAAAGAAGAAGACAAAGCACAAGACUUGAAAAUUUAGGAAUACCAGAGGAAGAACUUUUUCGACAACAACAAGAGUUGUUUGCUAAGGUUCAUUUUAGAAUUAGUUUUAUGAUUUUUAAUUAUUUCUAAUACAUUUAAAAUAUCUUUAGGCCAGAGAAGAGCAAAUGGCUCAAGAACAACAACAAUGGCAAGAACUACAAGCUGCAGCCCAACGAGCUGCUAUUAAACCAAAGACUGAAGAAAGUAGUGAUGAAGAUGAUUACUCUUAAUUAAUAUUUAACAUAUUUAUAAAAAAUUGAAAUUCAUUAUAUUUUUUCUAAUUUGUCAUCAGUUUGCAAAUUUUACUUGUAAAUAAUUUGCUAACAAAUUUACAUUUUUAAACCACUACAUAAAUUUCACUUUUAUGUCAAAUAAAUAAAAUAUCAUGUAUAAUUAUACACAUAAAUAAUUUAGAGUUAAAAAAUUUCCUUAAACACAAUUUAAAUAGUAAAGUUAUAUUGAGAGACAGAGAAACAAUGAGAUAAUUAAGAAGAAUGAAGAGUUUGGUAAAUAUGUAAGUAUGGGAGAGAUAGGUCAUAAAAAAAUUGACUUGAGAUUAUUAGGGGAGAUAUAAGGAUACAUAGUAGAGGAAGUGAAAGUCCUUCAAGGACCAUAAGAGCUUAAGAAGUAAGAUCAUGUGGAUUAGUUGAUAACAAGAUAAAUAUGAUAAAAAUAACUGAACCCUCUAUAAAUAAUUAAUUAAA